UUUGGCAUAAUCUUAUCAUUGCAUUCCAAAGUGUCGCCUCUUGUUAAUCCUGUUGACCCAUUUUAUAUAACCCUAUCAAAUUUUCUCGCCGUACCAACUCCGCUUCCAUUCUAAAAUAUUAUCGAAACUAUUCAAGCCACAUAUCUUUGAAAACUGCUUUAAUGUUUCAAUUCAAUCCAACAUCUAUAUAAACAUAAACACUGAUUCCUGUUUUUGCAUUGUGGGUUUUCAAAAUCUUGAUCAGAAAACAUAAAAUCUUUCCAUUUUUCAAAAUGGCUGCUGCUGGUUGUGGUUCUGCAUCUUGGAUUCAAUUCAAGGAUUCAUCGAAAAAGAAUGUGAAUAAAAAUGGGUUUAGGGUUUCAUGUGUUUAUUCAUCUUCUGCUCUGAGUGAUCCUUAUAAGACUCUUAGGAUUCAGCCUGAUGCUUCUGAAUCUGAGGUCAAGAAAGCUUUCAGAAAGCUUGCUCUUCAGUAUCAUCCAGAUGUGUGUAGAGGAAGCAAUUGUGGGAUCCAAUUUCACCAAAUUAAUGAAGCAUAUGAUAGGGUGAUGAGCAAUUUACGAGAGGAAUCGAGCAGAUCAGAGAUGGUGACGAUGUACGAGGAGUAUGAUGCUGGGACCGAUGAAUCGAUGAGAGGGAUUAAUGAGCAAGAUUGGGAUCUAUGGGAAGAAUGGAUGGGAUGGGAAGGAGCAGGGAUUAGGGACUAUUCAUCCCACAUUAAUCCUUACAUCUGAUUCUAAAAAUAAGUUUAUAUAAUUAUACAUAUGUUGUAAGGAAUCUUAAAAACCCACAUCUUCAUUUGAUGAUGUUUGAGGUUAUUUGUAUAUUCUGAGGUCUUUCCUUUUCUCUGUACAUGCAUAUAUUGUGGUAUCAGAUUAUGGGACUAAUGGUUCCCCUAAAGUUCUGCUCAUUUUAAUUAUUGCAGAAAUGAAAAUUUGAUUGCAGUAACAUCUUGAUUUUUA